UGCAGCAGUACCUUCCACUCUACACUGUUACCCCUCAGAUAUACUUUAACGUUUAUCUUAGCAGCUUGUAUUUCAGUUUUCCAAUUUUUGUUUUUACAUUUUUUUGUACCAGUAAUUCAUACAAAGCAAAAUGCUGCCUGCAACUUUUAAACUGUGUGCUGGCAUCUCCUAUCGACACAUGAGGAACAUGACAGGUCUAAGGAGAAAUGCCCUGGCAGCCAUCCAUCAAGAGCUGAACAGGCUGGCAGGUCCAGGCCCCAGUAACUGGAUCAGCCAAGUCCGCCGACGAAGCUCUCUACUAAGUUCUCGGAUUCAGGAGGAGGAGGGGUACAAUGAGGAAGAGAUGUCAUAUGUGAAGCAAGGUGAGGAUGCGCUGAAAAAAGCCAUCAGCAUCCUCAGCGAGCAGGAAGGUUGGACUGUGGAAACCGUAGCUGCAAACGGAGAUAAGGUUCUCAGCAAAGUCUUGCCAGACAUUGGGAAGGUGUUCAAACUUGAAGUGGUGCUGGAGCAACGUCCUGACAACCUUUAUGAAGAGCUGGUGGAAAAAAUGGAGCAAAUGGGAGAGUGGAACCCUAACGUCAAACAAGUCAAAAUUCUUCAAAAGAUUGGGCAGGACACCAUGGUGACCCAUGAAGUGUCGGCAGAGACGCCAGGCAACGUAGUAGGUCCGAGGGACUUUGUGAGUGUCCGCUGUGCUAAACGUCGAGGCUCCACCUGCUUCCUGGCUGGAAUGUCCACUCAGCAUGCAAAGAUGCCAGAGCAGAAAGGUGUCAUCAGAGCCGAGAACGGGCCUACCUGUAUAGUGAUGAGGCCCUGCGCUGAAGACCCAAAUAAGACAAAGUUUACCUGGUUACUGAGUCUGGAUCUAAAGGGCUGGAUCCCAAAGACAAUCAUCAACAAAGUGCUCUCUCAAACGCAGGUGGACUUUGCCAACCACCUCAGAAAUAGGAUGGCAAAUAACGUUUCCAUGGAGAUGGCUCACUCCUGCUGACACAAGAUGCUUCUCGAGCCAAUAGAGAGAAAAAAAAACCUUUGUUCAUCCAAAUUCUCAUCUAAAUCACUGAAAAAGUACACACUCCGGGGAGUUUUAAUGAGAU